AUUCGAAAAAGCAGAAGCCACUCAGCUGAGGAAAAUGGCCGACGUAGAGAUGGACAUAACGUCCAGCAGAAUGAAUAAUGGCAACGAACACGUAAAACAAGAUCUGGAAAGCCAUGAACAAAGUGGGAAUGAGGACAGUGGAGAUGUAUCUGAAGAAGAAGAGGAGGAAGAGGAGGAGGCAGAAACUAAUGGCGAGAAGACAGAAGAAGGGCCCAAACAUCACAGCAGCAGUGGCAAACACAAGAGGAAAAAACACAAGCAUCGUAGUAAGCACAAAAAACACAAACAUGCCUCAGAUGAGGACAAGGACCGCAAACGCAGACAUCGUCAUAAACACAGGAAACACAAACGUAAAGAGGGCACCUCUCCCACUGGUGCUGCUCUCUUUGCCUCCUCCAGCCACAAAAAAGUUGAAUCUUCUCCCUCCUCUGGAAAUCCAAGUCUGGAUGACAGGGCCUUACUGGAGGACUUGGAGAAACAGAGGGCCAUGAUCAAAGCAGAGCUGGACAGCCAGUUAAUGGAAGGGAAGGUUCAGUCUGGAAUGGGCUUGAUCCUUCAGGGCUAUAACUCUGGAUCAGAAGAGGAUGGAGACGCAAGGGUACGAAAUGGAGAACAGCGUCAAAGGGGCAAUUCAGGUAAACCCAUAUCUCCCAGAGUAGGAAAAAGUGGGAAAUCGAGACGGGACUCAACUGAGGGCAGUAAAUCCAGCUCCAAGCGUCGUAGUCGGAGUAAAUCUGCGGACAGACCUGCUAAGGAGCCUAAGCAGGAAAAGGUGACCAAAAGCACCAAGGACACAGGUGUAAAGGACAGAGUUCGUGGCAGGAGCAGGUCAAAAGACAGAAAGCGUUCAGAUAGCACUGAUAGGUCCAAGGAGAGAAGGAAGUCCAACUCUCCUUCUUCAUGGAAAGUAGAACAGAAAGCCAGCCGCACUGAUAAACGUUCCUCUCCACAGCGGGACGAUAGACCAAACCAGGAAAGAGCACCCCGGAGAUCCAGAUCACCAGGACGAGAGCGACCGAGUCGCUCAGAAGCUGACCGUGACAAGCGGCCAACCAAGUCUCCAUCCAAGGAUGCUUCAUCAGGGAAAGAGAACCGUUCCCCUCACAGACGGCCACCUCACAGUCCUGUGAGGAAACGCAGUGCUUCCCCUCGCCACAGAGACACCCGCCAACCCUCGGCGAGUGCCCCAGACAGGAUAGCAAAACAGAGCCAGUCUCCCUCCAGAACAAGGUCCUCACCCAGGAGAGGUCGCAGUCGCUCACCAGAUUCCAGAAGGAGGGAUGCUGACAGGCAGGACUCACCGCUAAGGAAACGCCCUCGACCAGACUUGGGGCCGAGCAGAGACAGAUCACGGGAGAACAGUCCAAGAGCAGCUUCUCGCCGCAGGAUGAGUCGAUCACCUCUGAGACGCAGGUCCCCAUCACCACGACGACACACCCGCUGUUCACCACGCAGACAGGGCAGGUCUCCACUGGGACACAGGUCUGGAGAGAGAGACAGGUAUGGAAGGCUCAGGCAAUAUCGGCGCUCCAUGUCCCGUGAUCGGGAAAGGAGGAGGAGGCGCAGCAGAGAUGAAGACAAGUUCAAGGGCAGCCUUUCAGAGGGCAUGAAAGUUGACCAGGAAUCCUCAGAGGGAGAAGUGUUGGAGGAUUUUGAUGGUGAGGAAGUAGAUGAAGAAGCUCUCAUUGAACAGCGCCGGCAGCAGCGCCUGGCCAUUGUCCAGAAAUACAGAGUCGGGAAUGAUGACAGCAACAUGGUGUCAGAGCCCAGCAGCCCGCAGAGCAGUACUCGCAGCCGUUCACCCUCACCCGAUGACAUCCUCGAGCGAGUGGCUGCCGAUGUCAAGGAGUACGAACGCGAGAACCUCAACACCUUCGAGGCCAACAUCAAAGCCAAGCACAACCUCAUCCCCCAGGAGAAAGAUGGAGCCAAUCCAAAGAAGCCCUCGGCCCCCGACAUGUUUACGGAGUCGGACGACAUGUUUGCCGCCGACUUUGAUAGUGCCAGGAUGAGAGCAGCAGGUGUCGGAAAAGACUUUAAAGAAAACCCCAACCUCAGGGACAACUGGACUGAUGCUGAGGGUUACUACCGGGUGAACAUUGGGGAGACGCUGGACAAGCGCUAUGAUGUGUAUGGCUAUACUGGCCAGGGUGUGUUCAGCAAUGUGAUCAGGGCCAGGGACACUGCGAGGGGCGGCCAGGAGGUGGCAGUCAAGAUCAUCCGAAACAACGAGCUCAUGCAGAAGACUGGUUUGAAAGAGCUGGAGUUCCUCAAGAAGCUGAAUGACGCAGAUCCCGAUGACAAGUUCCACUGCCUUCGCCUUUUCAGACACUUCUAUCACAAGCAGCACCUGUGUCUGGUAUUUGAGCCUCUCAGCAUGAAUUUGCGAGAGGUGCUGAAGAAAUAUGGCAAAGAUGUUGGGCUCCAUAUCAAGGCCGUGCGCUCGUACAGCCAGCAGCUCUUCUUGGCCCUGAAGCUGCUUAAAAGAUGCAACAUUCUCCACGCUGACAUCAAGCCAGACAAUAUCCUGGUUAAUGAGUCAAAGACCAUUCUGAAGCUUUGUGACUUUGGUUCUGCAUCCCAUGUUGCUGACAACGACAUCACACCAUACCUGGUCAGCAGGUUCUACAGAGCUCCAGAAAUCAUCAUAGGGAAACCAUACGACUAUGGCAUCGACAUGUGGUCUGUCGGCUGCACUUUGUACGAGCUCUACACCGGCAAAAUCCUGUUUCCUGGAUCUUCCAACAAUCACAUGAUCAAACUAGCCAUGGACCUGAAGGGCAAGAUGCCCAACAAGAUGAUCCGUAAAGGUUUGUUCAAAGACCAGCACUUCGAUCAGAAUUUGAACUUCCUCUACAUUGAAGUGGACAAAGUAACCGAAAGGGAGAAGGUGACGGUGAUGAGCACCAUCAACCCCACCAAAGAUCUGCUGACGGACAUGAUCGGAUGCCAGCGGCUUCCCGAGGACCAGAGGAAGAAGGUCAUGCAGCUGAAGGACCUGCUGGACGGCACGCUGAUGCUGGACCCGGCCAAACGCAUCAGCAUCAACCAGGCUCUGCAGCAUCCUUUCAUCCAGGAGAAGAUUUAAAGGCCCUGAACGCCACACACACACACACACACAUACACCCCCCCCCCCCCCCCCCCACACACACACACACAUAGACAUACUUACACACACACUCCCAGAGCAGAUGGAGAUCCAACCACUAAAGCAGCUCUGAGCAGGGACUCUGCAGCGAGGCAGCCAACUCAGACUUCUCUUCAUAAUGUCACUGAUUUUUGUUCUUCCUCCACAUUGUUUUGUUAAUGAAUACCUAAUUGUGUUUUAUUGUAAAUAGAUCAUCCAAAUUGUAGCCAUUCUUGAAAAAGCAUAGAUUACUGCGAUAUAUCGUUGCCCCCGUACCUGAUGCAGUUAUGAUCUUUUCUCUUUUUUUCCCCUUUUUCUUUAUUUAACUGGCAUUGGAGUUGACACAUGUCAAAAAAGAAGAAUAUAAUUCCUGUAAAUACCAAACGUCUAUUGCAUUAACAAUCUACAGCAGAAGACAGUUGACUUUGUCGUAGUUGCAGACGUCUGAACACGUUGGUCGUUCUUUUUUUUUUUUUUUUUUAACAAAAAAAAACACAUUGCUCACCAUGGGGCGAUGCAUGCUUUUGAAUGUGCACCCUUUGUGCUCUAGAUUUCUGUGGUGCAGGCCUGUGUAAAUGCUCUGUAUGUGCAUCAGUGUCCCACGUGUGACAGCAACUGACCCCCCUCGAACCCCGUCCCUCAUACUUCCAGGCCUUGAGGUCUGCGCUGAAGGAAUAGAUGCCGUCUAUGUACUCUUUGCAACCUUUUUUUUUUUUAGAUUUUUAAUUUCAAAGCUGGUAGUCUUUGUUUUCCCAUCGCUUUCCAUGUUUUUGAUUUGUUCUCUCUCUCUCUCCAGCUCUGCGGCUCUAAAGGCUCUCCCAUUCAAGUGCCUCCUACAUGAGCCUCGUGUUUUAAACACCGAACAGUGCUGGCCCAACGAAGCCACACACACACACACACACAUUUAUACAUAUAUAUACACAUACAUACAUGUGGCUCCUCCUCCUCUCCCACUGCUGUAAAUAGUCAAUAGUUACUGUCAUUACAUGUUUGACUUUUUUUUUGUUAUUUUCCUCCAUGAAGUGGUUAAAAAAAUAAUCUUGUGAUUUCAAUAAAGAAUAGUUGUGGAAACGCUGCUGAAA